AUGGAGAUGAAGGCACUCACCGACAGCCUUUCGCGAAUACGCCACCUGCGCAAGAAGCGAUCUGGCCUUGAUGCCGCCCCCUCCCCUGCCGCUAUUGCGCACCCUCCGCCUUCCACUCCCUCCACCGCCCCUCCCGCCACUGCUUCCUCUAUUUUCGCUUCCUCCGCCUCCCCCCGCCCUUUCUUCCGCAACACCAGGCCUGCCUCCCCCUCUUCCGCGCAAUCCUUACCAUCUCCUGCCGCCCGCCCAGGUCCCUUGGAGCUGCGCGCCGAACAGAGCGCGCCGAGCCACUGGGACGUGCGCUCGUGGCUGCCCGAGGGCCUCGCAGCCGCCAACCAGCCGACGCCCGCCAGCGCAUCGCGCGACGACUCGACGGAGCACGGCGCGACCAGCCGCGACGACGACAGCGCGACGAGCGAAAGAGGAGAAGGCGCGGCGAGCGAGGACGUGCUGCGGGCGAACGAGCGGCUGAUGAUGCACGUGGCGGCCUCGCGAUGGGCGUCGCAGGGCGCUGCCGCGCAGGCGAACGCAGAGCACAGGGCGCCCUCGCCCCCGCGCAGGGCGCACGACGCGGGGGAAGCGGAUGAUGAACGGUCCGAUGCGACAGCGAGGUUUCAUGUGGCGAGCGGAGCAGGCUUGGCGGAGGCGCGCGGAAAGGCGGAGAUUGCUGGCUACGGAGGAGGGAAGGGGGGGGAGGCAGAGGGGGAUGACGAGGGGGAAGCAACGAGCGGGGCAGGAAACAAAGAUGGAGAGGCGGAGAGUAGGGCGGACGGAAGAAACGAAAUUGGUACUGGCGCGUGGCGGUCAACGCGAGUCAACGAGUUGGAAUCGGAGGACGAUAACUGGGACGCGCCAGACCCCACGAACAGCGGAUUGUUCGGCGGCGGGUCAAGCGCGUUCUUCAACCCCCUCGCGGAUGACGUGGCGCUCAACCUGCGCCUGUCGCUCGACGACGAUGACGAUGAGGAGGAGGAGGAGGAAGAGGAGGAGGACGGGGAGGAAGAGAGAGAUGAGGAGGAAAUCAAUAGUUACUUCGAGGGCGCAAGCGUGGAAACCGGAAGCCGUGGAGGCGAUUCGAUUGGAGUAUCAGCGGCCGGCAAGUCCGGCACGCGCUACGAACGAGCUGCCGAUUCCGGGUCGGACGGUUGGGGAACGGCAGGGGGAGGCGUGGGUAAGGAGCGAGGCAGAGGCGGAAGAAAAGAGGCGGGGAAGGCGGGAGGCGCGCGGAUGGCGGCAGCGCGGCGGGAGUUGGAGGAGCAGCGCGCGGUGGUGGAGCGCAAGUGGCGCGAGAGCCAGAUGGAGAUGAGGCGAGCCGCGCGCAUGGCGACCGCGCUCAAGGCCACCAUUGACUCCAUUGACUGCGUUGACUCGCCCGCCCGUGCCACCGUGCCCGCCUCCCUCCCUGCGCUGCUGAUUACGCCCCCUCACAGCUCACUUGCAGCCCUGCCUUCCCACUCCUCCUCUACUGCCGUUACCACUGCCGCGCCUGCUGCGCCCGCUCUCGCUGUUUCUGCGGAUGGAGGCGACGCGGGCGGCCGCAGCUUGAGUGACACGGGCGGGGGAGGAAUGGGAGGGGAGGGCGCGGGUGCGCGCAGCAUGGGGUGCAGCAGGCGCGCGCUGGUGGAGGCGCGGCGGCUGCGGGAGCGGCUGGAGGGGCUGAUGCGGCGCAUGGAGGCGCAGGGGAAGGCCGGCGCGGGCGGAAUCAGUGGCGCGGGGAGCGAGUGCGCGGAGUCGGAGGCGGAGUCGAGCAGCGCGUCGUCGUCGCGCCUCUCGUGGGCCGCCAGCAGCUCCGCCUCGCGCGGCGCCAGCAGCUCCGGCGGCAGCGGCGACGGCAGUGGCGGCGAUGCGACAUGGCUGCUGAAGCGCAAGAUACUGCGCGACGCGGGCGAGAUGGCUCAUCUUGAACGCACCAUGGCUCGCAUCGCUGCUGACGUGGCAACGACCAAGGACGUGUCCGCGCGCAUGGAAGGCCACGCGGUAGAGCGCGGGGAAGGGGGAGACGGCGAGGAGAGGGGCGGCGCGGAGACAGAGGCGGGCGGCGGGCAGAGGAAGAGAGAGCGGGGCGAUGGGGGCGGCGAGGGCGGCAGUGCGGGCAGUGAUGGCACUCUGGCCGUGCUGCAGGCCCUGGCAGCGCGCAUGGAGGGAGAGGUGGAGCGGGUGCGUGAGGAGCAGGAGGCGUGGCGGCAGCGCGCGGCGGUGGCGGAAGCGGAGGCGCGGAGCCUGCGGCGGCAGGUGCAGCAGCGCGACCACGCGGGGGACGCCAUGUCAGCGUCGCUGCGCGCUGAGCUGGACAUGCUGCGCGCAAGCAAGGAGCGCACGAGGCGGCGCCAGCUGGCGGAGAGAGGCGCGUGGCGGCGGGCGGCAUAUCAGCUGCGCGUGGUGAUGGGGGGAGAGCAGCUGGCGCAGAUCCGCGAGGUGGGGGAGGACGGGGGAGUUGGGGGAAUGGAGGGCGUGGGGGAGGGUGGGAGGGGCAGCAUGCGUCCUUUGGAUGGCGGCGCGCAGUGGAGGGGGAAAGGGGAAAGAGUUGGGGGAAGUGUAGGCCGGGGAGAAGGCGGAGAAGGGGGGAGGGAGAUGGAGGCGCUGACUCGCGCGCUGGCGCUGGUGGUGGCGACUGGCGCAACGGGGGGAAGUGACGGGGAGGAGGAGGGGGGAUUUGGAGGGGGAGAGGGGCAACUGGUGGCAGUGCGGCGAAUGGCAGGUGCGCUGGUGCAGAAGAGGGGGGCGGAGAGAGGGGAGGAGAGAGGGGAGGAGUCUGCAGAAAGGGCGGAAUCAGGAGAAGGCGGAGGUGUCAGAAAAGGCGGAGGAGGCGGAGGUGCAGAGGAGGCAGCAAGAGGAGAGGGUGGAGGCGGAUGGACGGCGCAAGUAACGGAAGAAAAGGCGCAGGGCGAGGGGAAGAAGCAGCAGAGGCAAGGGGAAGUACAGCUGGGCAGGCAGCGACAGCAGCAGGCAGAGGCAGAGGGAAGCGGAGUUGUGGUGGAAGAGAAGGCGGAGGGCAGCUUGACAGUGACCAAUGAACAAAGUCAGCUCCUCCCGCCGCCACCUUCCGCCCUCGCAGCCCCGCCCGCACCUCCUCCCGUGUCACCAACAGCAGCAGCAGCGCAAAGUGCCGCAGCAGCAGCAGCGGUGGUGGUGGUGGUGCCGCAGCUGCCAGCGCGGCGAGUGGCAGCGCCAGCGGCGCACAGCAGGAAGGGCGCGGGGGCCGCGGGCAUGCAUGUGGUGGACGGCGCGCAGGGGAGCAAGCCGCGCGCGGGGAGGCGCGUGGGCGCGCGCAACGGGGAGGUGCGGAGCAGCAGCAGUGCUGCGGGGGCGAUUCUGAGGCGGAAUGGGUGGGAGGGGGAGAGGGAGGAGGCGGAGAGGGAAGAGGUGGAGCGAGGGAAAGGGGAGGGGGAUGGGGAGAGGAGAGGGAAAGUGCGGCGGGUGGGGAGUGAACGUGAGGUGAGGAAUGGGAACGGGAGAGUGAGAAGGGAUGGAGGGCAGAGGAACGGGGGAGAGAGGAAGAGAGGCGGAGAGGUGAGGCGAGGAGUGGAGGGAGGGGAGGAGGGCCGUGGAGACGCCAGCCGUGCCGCCUCUCGUUCUGAUGGCUCUGCUGCAGGGUUGCACGCAGGGGGGGGCGAGGUGAGGAGACGUGCAGAGCGGUGUGAGCAGGACGAGGGGGAGGGAAGUGAGACCGCCGGGGUGAGAGGAGAGGGUAGGGACGUGGGAGCAGGCGAGGCGGGCAGUGAGGUGGUCGCAGGGGUGGUGUGGGAGGUGGCGCGGGUGCUUGACAACGAGUGGGUUGAGAGCGGUGCAAAGGGGCCAAGAGGGGUGGCGGAGACAAAAGAUGAGGGUGAGAGGAAUGGCAGGGAGGCGGCGGCAGCGGGGGAGAGGAAGAGCAGGCGGAGUGUCGAGAGGGAGGAGGUGGAGGUGCGAGGGAGCGAGCAGGGCGAGUGGCAGGGUGGGCGGCGGCAGCAAGAGGCGCACAUGGCAGUGCGAGAGCGGGAGCGGGAGCGGGCAGUGGAGGGGCCGGCAGUGAUGUCACCGUUCGCUGCAGAGGAGCCGUUCAAAGCGGGCCGUGCAUCACACGAGGAGCGGGCAGUGGGAGCGGAGUGGAUGCGGCACAGUGCUGACAGCGCUGCUGCUGCUGCGUUGCUGCCACGUGCUGGUGCUGCCGCAUGCUCCAAGAGCCACGAGUGGCAUGCAUCCACCCCCCCUGCAUCCCAGCACACACACUCCCCCUCGCACACCUCCCCUCCAGACGCCUCCCCCUUCUCCUUCCCCUGCCUUCCCGCCUCCCCUUCCUCCACGUCCCCCUCCUCCCCCUCGCUCUCCCCCCAUCCUCUGCUCAUCCCCCGCGCCCACACCCACUCCAUGGGGCAGCGCCCCCCGCCCGUCCUUCCCCCACCCGCCCUCCCCCCGCCAACUCUCCCCCCGCGCCACCAUGUGAGCCACUCCUCCCUCCAACACCCCCAGACCACCCCGCAGCCCUGGUGGCCGCAGCACGAGGCGCAGGAGCGACACGUGGGGAGCAGCAGCGAGCAGCUUAGGGCGGGCGGCGAGCAACAGCAGGCUGGCAGUGAGCAGCAGGUGUCAGAUGCGGGCAGUGGGUGUGCACCCUCCUCCUCCCUGCACUGCCCGCCCCACCCCUCGUGGCCCCUGCCUCCCCAUGACCGGCCUGCUGGGUCUUUCUGGUCCCUGGCAGGCGGCACUGCUGCGGUGCAGAGCGGUGCAAGGGAGUGGAGCGAGGUGGAGAGCAGUGGCAGCAGCAGCACUGUGCAGGGCGGGGGGCGAGAUGGUGGAGGCGGGUGGGGUGGCGAGGGUGGUGGGGGGUGGAGUGCUGGAGUGAGUGCAGGAGGGAGUGGAGGAAGGAGUUGGGGAGGGCAGCAGCAGCAGCAGCAGCAGCAGCAGCAGCAGCAGCGGAAGGGGUUAAUGGGCAUGUUGUGGCGCAGUGGCAGUGGCAGCAGGGGCAGGGCCAAAGUGGGCAUGGGCAUGGGUGUGAAGGGCACGGGCACGGGCAUGGGCAUGGGUAUCCCUCGGUCGCUCAGUGACUCGCGGCGCUCCACCAGAGUGGCACCUCUGGCGCCCACUGCUGCUGCUGUGUCCGCCAGGGGCAGUGGUGGUUAUGUUCAUGGCGGCAGUUACGAUGGUGGCACCAGCAGUGGUGGUGGUGGGGUGGGCGGAGGAAGGAGCGUGUGGGGUGCGGCAGGGGCGGGGGAGAGGCGUGAGGGGUGGGAGGCACAGGGGGAGGGGUGGGGGAGGGGCGUGCAGCAGGGAGAGGUGGGGAGCGGGGGCAGCAAGCGGGGGUUGGGGCUGGGCACUUUGAGACGACUCAUGUCCCGUGGGUAG